UUCUUUGAUUGAAGGCGGAGUCGGUGGUCUCGCUGCGCGGAGCUGGUUGACGGCGCUGCAGACAAGCAGCAGUAGGCGGAGGUCGCUGAAGAAGAGGCCGAUAAACUUUGAGAAGCAGAUACGUAACAGGAUAAUGCGCCACCGCUUGUGAUUGCUACAGCGACAUGUCCCUGUUAGGGGUGGACGACGAGCAGAGAUGGUUGCCCACUCACGUCCAGGUGACCGUGCUGCGGGCCAGAGGCUUGCGGGCCAAAGGCAAGCAUGGGACGAGCGACGUGUACACCAUCAUGCAGCUGGGCAAGGAAAAGUACUGCACAUCUGUAAAAGAGAAAGAGCUGAGUCCGGAAUGGAUGGAGGAGUGCUCCUUCGAGCUGCAUCCUGGUGUACUGGAAGGAGCUCCUCCGGGAGGCAGCGAUCUGCUCCUCACCGUCAUGCACAGAGCACUUAUCGGCAUGGACAGCUUCCUGGGGCAGGUGGUUAUCCCACUGGAUCGUGUCUUCCAGGAGAGAAGGUCCCGGAAAAAUGAGUGGUUUAAGUUACAUUCUAAGGUUGGGAAAAAGGAGAAGGAGCGAGGGGAGAUUCAAGUGACUAUUCAGUUCACACGCAACAACCUGACUGCCAGCAUGUAUGACCUCUCCAUUAAAGACAAGCCCCGGUCUACUUUAGGGAAGCUCAAGGACAAGAUGAAGGGCAAAAAGAGUACAGAGUCUUCAUCUGCAAUAGUGCCUAGUGCCAUUGGAGCUCUCUCUGGCAAAGGGGGUAGGGAAAUAGAUGAAGAUGAUGAAGAAGACGAUGAGCAGCAUGAAGAAGGCAGGCGAAGCAAAGUCAAAGGGUUCUUCAAGAAGCCGAGGCUGCGCAAGUCAUCAGAUACCCAUUCUAAUGCAUCAGUUGCCUCCACGAACAGCGUCUCAUCCUCUCCAGGGGGAAGCCUCAGUCCAACCGCUGGGAUCAGCGUGGUAGUGUCAGAUCUGUCCAAUUCACCAAGCUUGAGCAGCAACCUAACUGUUGACAGUCCAAUUCAUACAGCCCAGCCUUCUCCAAAGCUUCAGACACACAAAAGGGCAUUCAGUGAUGAGGUGAACCAGACUGGUGCUCUUCCACAGCCCAAAGAAGUGCAGAACCUUAAGUCCAAGGGAGAGCCACUGUCCAAGUCAUCUUUAUGCAUUAAUGGCAGCCAUGUAUACACAGCAGCAGAGUCCACAGUGCUGCCAGGUGCAAUGGGAGUCCUUCAGAAGUCCUCUCCACUGUCUCGCUCACUGCAGAAUCUUCCGAAAAAAGGAGACGAUUCUCACAAAGCUGAUCUUGAUGGUCGUCGUUGGUCCCUGGAGAAGCCAAAAAAGAAUAGUGACGCCAAGUCACCACUUAAUUUAGGGGAUAUGGCAAAAGAGGCAGGUUUGCUUGGGCACCCAGAAGGGAAGCCAGUGCAGAUUGCCACACCUAUAAUUUCCACAGGGAAUGAGAAGCAGACAGAAGAAGGAGUAAAGGAGGAGCAUAAAAAGAACAAGCUUCAUUUGUUCUCUCAUGGUAGUGGGAGCAAGAGUGAUUCUGUGAAGAGCACUGAACAUGGAAGUCCAUCUCCACCCCAUAAAACUUGGUUUGGCUCUAAGGACAACCAGCACAAACCAAGUUCAUCUCUUGAAGUGUCCCUGGCUGCCUCCUCUUGGACUGAAGAACACCGAUCUCCUGUGAAUGGCACAGACUUGAAAGCAGACCCUUCCAAGCAGGGGUUUAACAGCAACAGUAUCUACUUAGCCACGGCACAGACAUCUCUAUUCAGAAGCAGUACUACAGUGCCAGAAUCAUCUGAAAAACGUAACCUUGAAUAUAGAGGAGACUGGGAUGAGUCAUUUGAUGCUUUUGCUGCCAGUAGGCUGAAACCAACAAAGGAUAUCGAGGCAGCCUGUGGUCCAAAAGGAAGACUGGAAUUGUCAAAUGCAGACACCAAUAUUACAGUAACAGAUCUAUCAUCUACAAAUAAAAAAUCUUGUGACAUUGCUGAAACAGCUGGCAUCUUCCUCCCACCAAUUCCACUGCGGCGAUCUUUAAUGGUGAUUGUAGAAGAAGAUGCAGCAGACUGGACAGAUAGAAUGCCACCUAAUAUUAAUAAAAAUGAGAAGAAUGAAUCAUCACUAGCAACUAUAGAGCCAGGAAGUGAAGCCUUCAGAGAUAUUAUCCAGGAAUCGUCUUUGUCUCAAACAACAGGAGGUACAAGCAUUGAUUUAAAUCUACUGGAUGAGGCAGACCUUUUGUCUGAAUACAACGAUCAUACUAAUCCUUGCCUAACACUGAAAAGUGAAACCUCAAAAACAUAUGCUGAUUUAGGUAAAAUGGAAUCUACAGCUCCACAGUCUAUGAACGAACUGAGUAGUUCUUCAGUGAGCUCUUCAUCUGUUACAAAAAUCAGCCCAAGGUUUGUCAGCACAUGGUCAGCUGCCUUCAUGCAAAAAGCAGCAGAGACUCUCAACGAGGACCUGGAUAGGUUUAUUGAUAAUAAAACUGAAGGGGAUUGUGGGCCAUUGAUAUCAAACUGGGAAGAUGGAAGGUCUUUCGGGAAACCAUCUGAAUUAAAUGUCUCAGCUGGCAAGUAUAGAAUUAAUGAAUCUGAUUUGUCACUUCUAACAGUUGAACAAAUUUCUGGGACUAGAAAUGAUGAUGAAGAUGAGGAUCCUUCUGUUUCGGAUUGGCUAUUGGAGCAUGUAGGAAAUUCAAAGAAUCACGACAGCACAUCAUUAGAUGCUAAUACACCUAACCCUCUAAGAUUGCCCAUAGUUUCCAGUAAUGAACCAAAGUUCAUUUCUAACAAGCCUCCACCUGACCCUGCCAGUGACAUGGCUCUAACUACUAUUUCUUUUUCCGCUGAUGCACUAACCAAAACUAAAUUAAUUCCUGAAUAUACGGAAGAAACCAUUAUCACUGAAGGGAUGGACUCAACGUUUAAGGUAUCAGCUAAUACAAUAAAACCAAAGAUGGAGGACAGUAUUGAUAUGCUGCCAACUGUGAAAAACGCUGAUGUUACUGAAGAGAUUGUGCCAGCAAUGGAAUGUGAACCUAGCAUAGAGGUGGAAGCUACUUUUCCAGCAUCUGUGAGACAGGUACAGACAGGUGAACCACUUGUUUUAUUGGACAAUAUUAGUGACUGUCAUGACAAUGGUCUUCACGUUGUUAAUGAUUCCAUGAUUGUUUGUGCUGACCCAGAUGACACAAAGGAAUCCUUUGUAGGAAAGCUUUCUUCUCACGGAGAAACACAGAACAUUAGUAUUGUUAAGGAGGAUUUGGAAGAUGAGGAACUACUGAAGACACCUCUCCUGGUAACAGAACCAAUGAUCAAACACAGUUUCGAUUCAGAGGUUACUGUUGGUGAUGAUUCCUUACCUUCUCAGUUUUUACAGUCUCCUGCACAGCAAACAAAUGGAAGUGAUUGUAAUCCAACUGGGUUUGCCUCUAUGUGGGGAGUAGAAACAGCUGUACCUCCUAAGCCUGAAAAAACUCAACAGGACGUUUGCAGUGAGGCUUCUGGGUUAACAAUGGUCUUUCCUCUUUUAGUCAGCAACUCUGAUGACCAUAUGUGUCAAAAAUCAAACACGUCUUCAGAGGAUGGUAAGGUUAGCUCUAGUGAAGUGACAGGUGUGGACCAUUAUAAGACCUGCAAGUCCAAACUCUCUUUAGAAGAAUUAGACCUAGUGGCCACUUCAGACAGUAAUUUAAGAAAGCUAACUGUGUUUCCAGCUCCUCCCUGUAUGAACCUUUCUGAGGCUGAUAAGAAACCAAAUGCAGCAAAGAGUGAGGUGUGUGAAAGGAUGAGUAUACCAUACUCUAAUGGUGAAAAGGAUCUAUUAGCUCAGCCACGUGCUGCUUGGAGAAAGAGUGAAGAUGACCUCUCAAACAUGUUCUGGACUGCUGUAGAUGAACAGCCACAAACACUUAAUAAUGGCACUCCCCAUAUUGGAGCAAUAUGGGUAGAGAAUGUUGAUUUAGGCUUAACACAACAUAAUAUGAAUCUGAAACAGGCAGAAACUGAUGGACCCUGUGAUUCUUUGGCAUCUGCGACAUCUAUAGGUGGACCAUUCCUCUCAAGUACAGAACAGAAACAUCCUGAAGAAUGUACAGCCAAUAGAGAAGCAGAAUUUAUUUGUGUAACUGGGCAGCCAUCUGUAAUGUCAGAGAACCUGUUGAUAAAGACCUCUGAAGAAGAAGUUCUCCAAGCAACACAAACACCAAGUGUGGUUUUCCAGGAAGCAAAUAAGCCCAUUAAUAGACUGAAUGUGUGGAGGAGUUCUCACGAGAGCUUUCCCCUGCACACAGUGCAACCUGAUUGCCUUCUCACUCAAGCUCAUUCUCCACCAGUCUUCAGUAGCCGCAAUCCCUUUGUCCACACUCCUGCUUCAUGCCCAUCUUCCUCUUUGGAAUCCUCCUCCCAGGAAGGCCUCAGUUUCAAAGAUCUCCAUGUUAAGGUUGCCCCACCCUGCGUGAGUAUACGCAGUGACCCAGGGGAUGAAUCCAACCAUUUCUUGCAUGACAGCAAGCCCCUGGCUGCCUCCACUCCUUCUUUAGUGGCUGUAACUAAUUCAAGGUUAACCCACUUCCCUUCCCCUAUUCUGUCGUCCUUGACUGAGGGGCCACCAGCGGGAACCAGCCAGGCAGCCGCCCCCUCCUCCUCCUGCCCUCCACCGCCGAUUGCUUCAGCAUUCACGGUUUUGCCAGAGGAGACACAGCCAGCUGAGAACGUCCUGCAGAGAAGAAGCAGCCCACAUCCAGUAAAACCUCUAAAUACAUCAGUAUUGGAGAAGCAUGAAUCUGGUGUGCCUACUGGACUAGACAAACUCAAGUCUACCAUUCAGCCAAUAUUCCAGUUGUCACAUGGACAGCACAAGGAUAACACCGUCAAGGCUGAGAUAUUCCCAGAAAAAGCUGCUCAAUAUUAUCACCUGACUCACGAUGAGCUUAUUCUGCUGCUGCUUCAAAAAGAGGCAGAACUUGAGAAAACUAAAAUGGAGCUUCAGAAGAAGAAGGCAAAAGUGAGUGACCUUGAGGAGUACAUAGACACUCUGUUAGUACGCAUCAUGGAGCAGACGCCUGCCUUGUUGCAAGUACCUGUGCAUUCCAGCAAGUCUACAAGCAAAUAAUCCUGUCAGUCCUUCCUAAUUUCUUUUGACCAUCAACAAGUCAAUGCUCUUAACAGGAAAGGGUUGUGUACUUAUUUGGGUAAAAAGCCAAGGAAUGAAGAAGUAGUCCUUGGCCAUGCUUGGGUAAAACCUGACUUCAAGCCGGGCCUGUAGACUGCUUCUGCUAAGCAUAAACUCUAUGACAGCUACAUGCUUGCCUCAGUAUUAACAAGCUGAAUGCCAAAUAAAAGAUUAAUCAUGCAUUUGCCAAUGCCAAAGCUCAGCACCUUAAUUCUAGUACAGCGACAAUAUGCUUCCAGGGGAAACAUUCCCCAUCCAUACACACCAGCUAUCACACAGCCCCAGCUUUGAAGCAUGAAGAGAAUCCAUUAGCUACUUUUUUGCUCUAACAGUGGAGCAUGCUGAUACUAUAGAUUUACGUGAAGAAGGCUCUACCGUCUCUUUAAUUAUAUCUUUUUAAAUAUGUUACUAAAGAUAAAAAGAAAAAAGAUGGAAGCAGUUAAGAUGUAAAAGGUAAAGCUGGUCCAUUGUUGUGUCUUUUAAUUGAGGAAUGCAUUUAAUGUUCCUGCAUGUUGUUAAUGCAUCAAGAUUUUGAUUAUAGAACCAGGGCUAUGUGGUCAAAACUGAUUUGUGCCUUUGUAAUCUGUCACGUGAGAAGGUACAGUAUUAUGUUAUUAAUCUCCCAAUAAGUAGGAUGAGUUUCCAUUUUCUCUUAAAGGGACACCCCACUAGAAUGACUUUGUGAAUAAUAUUUGUUCUUUUUCUUUUGUAGCAGCUUAUUCCUCAGCAGUACAGUUGCUUUGAUAUUGCAGUAUCCAAUAUAUACAAGGUGCCCCUUUCUAACUUCCUUAAAGAGCUGGGGAACUUGUAUUUUUUAUUAGUCUUCCACAAAUCUGCAUAUAUAUAUAU